CCAACCGUGAAAGAGACUGGAUGUGAGUGUAGGAGAAUCGUUCCCAGAUUCCUAUCGAACAAAUUUAAUAUGGCGGCAAGCUUGUGUGAAACUUACAUGUAGAAGACACGAGUUUGUGAUUUUACACGGAGAAAUCUUAAUGUAUCUAAUUCCAAACGGGUUUAUUGAUCAUUUUGAAGUUAGUAGUCGGCGAUCUAUGUCCGUCUCUACGUGUAAAGUGUAGUUUUAAGAUGCUGAGAAUUCGCACAGCUCAUAAGUUCAACGAGAAGCAACGUACCGAGGACGUUUUGACAGAUGAACUAGUGGAUUUCAAAUCUCUUUUGCUUUCUCCUGAUGUCCUAAAGGGACUAAAUUCCUCGGGAUUUGAAAGACCGUCUCCAAUACAACUGAAAGCCAUUCCUUUAGGAAGAUGUGGCUUGGAUUUGAUCGCUCAAGCCAAGUCUGGUACAGGCAAGACCUGUGUGUUCAGUGUCAUUGCUCUGGAAAGUGUACUUCCCGAAAGUAACACCACCCAGGUGCUGAUUUUGGCUCCGACAAGAGAGAUUGCUGUCCAGAUCAAAGAUGUAAUAUCUGCGAUUGGUUCACAGAUGGACAACAUGGUAUGCCAAGUGUUCAUUGGUGGACUACCUGUAGAUGAAAACAAGAAAAUACUCAAGAAGCCAUGCCACAUUGCAGUUGGUACUCCAGGGAGAGUCAAGUAUCUGAUUGAAAACCAUUUUCUGAAGACUGAGUCUGUCAGGCUGUUUAUACUGGAUGAGGCAGACAAACUUCUGGAGGAUAAUUUUCAAGAGCAAAUCAACUGGAUUUUCUCAUCACUGCCAUCAAACAAGCAAAUGAUGGCAUUUUCUGCUACCUACCCAGAAUACCUUGCAAAACAUUUGACGCGAUACAUGAGGGAACCAACAUUUGUGCGACUGAAUGCCACUGACCCCACCCUACAAGGUAUCAAGCAGUUUCGUAGACUGGUGCCUUUUCAUCCUUUGCCUCAUAAAACAUUUCAGGAAAAGGUCACUGAGCUUUUGAAACUCCUUUCAAAUGUGCCAUUUCACCAGUGUCUUGUGUUCUCCAACUAUCAGAUCAGAGCACAGAGUCUUUGUGAUACUCUCCGUUUGAAGGGUUGGCCGUCUGUCUUUAUUGCAGGAAGUCAAACUCAGUCCCAGCGAUUGAAGGCCAUGGAGAGGCUGAAGCAAUUUAAGUGUAGAGUGCUCAUUUCAACUGACCUGACAUCUCGUGGAAUAGACGCUGAGAAUGUCAAUCUUAUUGUGAACAUGGAUGUACCACGAGACUCCGAAACUUACCUUCACAGAAUUGGACGAGCUGGUAGAUUUGGCACACAAGGUGUUGCUGUAAGCUUUGUAGCUAGAGGUGAAGAAGACAAGUUAUUCAAGAAGAUAGAAGAGAAUAUUGGUACCACAAUAGAUGCAUUACCAGAUCCCAUUCCUCAGUCCAUGGGUACAACAGGAACACUCACUGACCUGGACUGUACAUCAGUGCAGGCAAGAGCAGCAUCCAUUGAAGUCAACAUACUCAAAUGCAAUCGUGGGAGAGAGAUAAAGAUGGAGGGUGAUGCAGGUCUGUCUCCAGAUGCUGAAAGGGAAGAAAUAAUGGCUGAUAUCGAAGAAAGGUUGCAAACAUCCUUGUGUCUUGAUCAACAAAACUGUAAAGAUGAGAGCAUCCAUGGGAAGAGUGUAGAUCACACUGGGCAGAGGAACAACAGUGUAAGCCAAACUCAAAGAAAUGAAACUCAUUUCACAGCUGCAUCAAUUAUGUAUGAGCCCUCAAUCUUCCAUGAUGGGAAAGAAAAAGAAUCAAAAACAGAACACAGACCACCUUCUCAACUUGGUUCAUCUGCAGAAAAUUCUCCUGAAGUCAAUGCCGGUCUGAAUAAAUUACAAGUAGAUUUAAAACAUUUUUCACAAUUUGAUCCAAGAAGCUCUCACAAGCACGAAACAAAUGUCCUUAAUAAAGCUAGCAAAAGAAGAGAUUGUACUAACUCAAGUAACAAGGAUGAAACUGUAGAUGGCAAACUGGUUAAGUCAUCUGAAGAUGAGGGUAACUCAUCUGGUUCACAGUCAGAAGAAGAGAGUUCUGUCGACAGUAGUGAGACUGAUGAAGGUUCUGAUGGUUUAGAAUUUGAUGAGCAUGACACUUCUGAGAAAGCCAGUGAACAGGGUCACUUUCUACCCUCAGUUGAUGAAUUUGAAGAAGACUUUGAAAAGUACUUAGAAAAUUUUUCUAAUGUUGGAGACAAUUCUACUGAAAAACUUCCACAACCAAGUGAAUUCUCAGAUGAUGGUGGCAUCUAUUCUGAGUAUAAACUGCAUGCAGAUUUCAAGGAUGAUAGCUUCGAUGGAACACGUACAGAGGUGUAUGUGGCAUCACAGCAGUUUGACACCCGCCCUGACACAUGCCAUCAAAUGUCGCAUCCAGAUAGCUAUAGUCCUGGAUGCCGCAAUGAGCAGAAUGUUCAAGUGCAAAAUCAAACUGAUUCAUAUUAUUCAGCUUAUCAUGACAAUAUACUUUCUGAAGGAGGUUGGAAUUCUCUUUAUCCUUAUAAUGGUUUUUGUGAUCAAUGCAAUUGGUUUAGUAACCAUAACUAUUACCAUGAUGAAAGCUACAACAAUUAUUCUCCAUUUUAUGGAGAUCACGCAGCUAACUGGCAGGCUAAUGCCCAAAGAGAUCCAGAUUCUGCAAGCUCGCAACAAUGUCUGGGUCAGUUCUAUGGUGAGUUCUAUGAUAUUGGCAGUUAUCAGGACUACCAGUGGAAUACAAGCUGGUAUAAUGCUUAUCAGAGACAAACAAGUUGUAUCAGGCAGUUUGUGUGGUUUAGUAGAUCUGCAAGGAUGUAAUUCCCUGUGACAGUAUUCAUUGUAAAUGCCCAUGAUAUUGCUUAAUCUGCUGUAAACAACAUCUAUUGAAAUCAUUACUGCCUGCUCCAGGUAUUAAUUUUGAGUACAUAUGGUUGUAUUGAUAUGGCAAGACUUCAAUAAGGCAAUUAAUUUUCCUAAUUGCCUCGAAAACUACUUUAAUUACUGAGUGUUUACUAGUUACUUUUUCAUACACCAGUAAUAUGAAGUAUGUGUAUCAAAAGAAGCUUUGUGUGUUUUCCUGCUAAAGAGAGGUUAAACUAAAAUUAAAUUAAGUUGUUGAAUGGA